AUGGGAACACGACUUCAGGCUGUUAAAAAGGAUAAAACAAAUACAGGAAUCGGUGGAAAAGGACCAGGUAAACUUACUGAUAAAGUUAUUCAAGAAACAACGAAAUUCUACGGAUUAGCUAUUCGACGUCAUCCAGAUUCGCUUAAAGAUAUGAAAAAGGAAGUUUGGGCAACGUAUUAUCACAAAUGUUCUUCAGAUGAAAACUCUCAACAUCAAUUUUGUCCAGAAGGCGAAGACAGUUGGUGUAAAUGGCGUAAGGCUGAAGCUAAGAAUGAGCUCGACCAAUUUCAUCACGAUAAACCACCUCUAAUAUCAGAAGUACAAGUAGCUAUCAAACCGGUUUUCGAAGAUUUAUCGAAAGACGAAUUAUUAAUUCGUUGUUUAGGAGCAGAGACACAAAACAAUAACGAAUCUUUGAAUUCGUUGAUUUGGACUUUUGCUCCUAAGCAUCUUCAUUCUGGCCCCAAGAUUGUUGAAAUUGCUAGCUACUUAUCAGUUAUCAUCUUUAAUGAAGGUUUUGACGGUGUUUUAAAAGUAAUGUCGGUUAUGGGAUGCCCCAUUGGCCGCGAAGCCCAUACGUAUGUUGAGAAACGUGAUAAAAAGCGAAUCUCACGUUCUGAGCGACGCGUAAGUGAUGUCGUUAAACAAGCCAGGAUUGACUCAAGAGCUGAACAAUCUGCUUUAAAAGAGUUUCAAGAGGAACAGGAAGGAAUACUCUAUGGACCAGGCAUCGCCGAUUGAGGAUAAGCCAAUCAGCCGGAAUCGUGGAAGAAGUGC